AAAAUCCAUACAACAACACUCCAUAAACUCUGUCAUUCUUUCGGCGUUGGGCGUAACGUGGGUGUAAACAUACAGCAGCUUUAGUCAAAGCUGUCAUCAAGUGAAUUGGGCAAAGAGGGCGAGAGAAAUGUCUCAGUCAAGAGAAGAUGAUGUUUUUAUCCCAGACACACUGAUAGAGUUUCUGAAGCAUUAUACAAAAGCUGUCAUCCGAACUCAGCCAGAAGAUGUUCUACAAUGGUCACAUAAGUAAGUCUACUGUGAAUGUAUUUUGCAGCACUGGUAAAGGAGGAUCCUCUGCCUAUAGACCAACCCUCAGAUCAUGCUGUACAUAAUGUAAGAAAGCUUACUACAGACAUAUUGGCGCAGCUACAUGGUCAGUUGGGUAAGAAAAAGAUGGUGAGCCAGAGAGUCAUCGUGCUGACAUGGAAGUCAUAUAAUCUGGCGGAGAACUGCUUGACUGAGGCCUUCACUCUAGGACGCUUUGGAGAACAGCUGGACUGGAUGCAGUUCCUUCUUCUCUGUUGCAAUUUCCUGGGGAAGAACACCAGAAUGGCUCUGUACCAUGCCUGUCACAUCCUGAACACUGACCCGGGCAAGCCGUUUGACCCCUGCGUAACCUUCAGCCUCUUCAGAUUCAUGUUUACCUUUCUCGCCCAUGCUACUAACACGCUCACAAAGACACAGGUUACGGAAACCCUCUUCCAUCUCCAACAAAAAACGAAGGAUGGAAUGAUCAAGGUGUCUGACUUCUAUGCCGACAGUAGAAUAAUCCUAGAUCCACCUCAGAGAACACCUCUAUGAAUAUGAAUUUAUUUUUCUUUUCUUUUCUUUAUUUUUUUGUUGUUGUACUAAAAUAAACACAAAUGUGUGCCGUUGAA